AUGUCAAUCCCAAUCUCUAUGUUAACUGACCGCUUUAACCUUGGUCGCUUCACCGAGGGAAGACAGAUGCCUCUGGCAUCCCGCUUCAGCAACUUGAAGCCUCUCGGAGAGUUUUUCGACUUCAAGCGGUUGUCCAAGCCCGCCAAUUUUGGAGAGGUACAGAGUCGUGCAAGCUACAAUUUGAGCUACUAUGCGAGCAAUUAUGCCGUAGUAUUUGCAAUGCUCAGCAUUUACAGUUUGUUGACAAACUUGCUCUUGCUGUUUGUGAUCCUGCUUGUGAUCGGAGGCAUGUGGGGUAUUGGAAAGUUAGGCGGUAGAAACCUGGAAAUCGGUCCUGUUAAUGCCACCACCUCUCAGCUAUACACCACUCUUCUUGUGAUUGCUGUGCCUCUCGGGAUCUUUGCAUCCCCGAUUUCCACAAUCCUUUGGCUCAUCGGUGCCAGCGGAACCUGCAUUAUGGCCCAUGCCAGCUUCAUGGACAAGCCAAUCGAGAAUGCUUUUUCCGAGGAGGCGGUCUAG